UAUAUAUAUAAAGGGAGGAGAGAGGCUUCAAGAAAGAAAGAGAGAAUAGUGGAAAUGGGACAGUGUUGAUAGCGAUACAAUUAACAAACAUAAUUACUACCACUUAUUACAACUAAUUACAGCAAGCGUUGCAAUAUUGUUGAUAUUACCAUCGUCAUUAUCAUUUUUGAUAUCAUUUUAAUUACGGUAACAAAUAAUAACAAUAAUAAUAGUAGUAGAAGUUGCAGCAAGUGUUUUUGGUAUAACUGUUAGCAGUGGUUGUGAUUGUGGUGGUGGUGGUAUUGACAGCGGUUAUUAACUGAAGCGACAAGGCACCAUAACACUGGAUUGGUCGGCUGACUAUUUACUGUGAAUCGCCAAUGCACGUCUACGAAAUUUUACUAUCUGUCAUAGCAGGCCUAACAUUCAGCUGUUUGGCCAGACAAAUCCCCGCCGUAACGGAUACAAAUGGCGGUGAUUACCAAAACUUUGAACUACCUGGAUACCCAAGAGGUACAAGUAAAUCAGAAUCUCAAGGCAUCAUUGUUGAGGAUGUUGAGAAUAUCGUUACCAUAAUUAAAAAGAACGUCGUUAAAAAUGACGACAUAUCUACUCAACCACCGUCCUUACACCGAAACGACUUCUUCGAAGAUGAUGAUGAGGAAGAUGACGAUGAUGCUGGUGGUGGUGGUGGUGGUGGUGGUGGUGAUGGUGGUGGCGGCGGCGGCGGCGGUGGUAACGAGGAAGAUGAUGAAGAAUAUGGCGACAAUGACGACGAAAGUAGCAUCAGCAACAAAGACGGCGACUUGAACAGCAGUCAACGCAACAAUGUCACCGACAGGGCCGGGCGCCAACGAAGAUCGACCAGGUCCGAAAAGCGUCGGGCGUUUUUAAUGGCCAAAGUUGAAGUUUGUAUUAUCGUUGAUUACAAACUGUAUAAUAUUUUCUUAGAAAAGAACAAUUACGAUGUGGCGGUGGCAACGACAGCGCUAGAGAAAUACUUCGCAGCCCUUAUUGCAAUGGUCAAUGAAAGAUAUAAAGAAAUAAAUGAACCGCGACUAUCAAUAAAAAUAUCAUUAUCAGAUUUAUGGAUAGCUCAGAGCAUUAUGGAAGCAAGCUGGGUCGAGACACAUCGCAACUUUCUAACCAACAACGUUGUUGGUACACACGCACUCGAGUCUAUUACUAAAUGGUUAGAGAACCAAAAAGUGUUGCGAAAGAAAUACGAUCACGUGAUGGUGUUUACGGGCCAUCCUAUGGUGAACGAGCGAAGUAAAACUAUCCGAGGCAUUGCCUAUGUUGGGGAGAUUUGCCAUAAAUCUAGGUCUGCAUCACUAAUCCAUGAUAUGGGGAAGUACCAGAGCGCAGGUGUGGCAGCUCAUGAAUUAGGACACAGCCUCGGCGCUUUCCAUGACGGUGUACUGAAUAACACAGCUUGCCCCGCGGAGCAAAACUACAUCAUGUCACCGACAGAAUAUGGCAGCAACGAUGGAAAACUGAACUACAUGUACCUGUCUGAGUGUUCCAUCAAACAGAUUACCAAUGUACUGAGUAAAGACUCCGCUGAGUGUGUUUUUGACAAACCUAACACGUACUUGGAGUACAACCUUCAGGCAAACCCACCCGGACGACGGUUUACACUUGAUCAGCAAUGCAGUAUGGUUUUUGGUGAGAAAUGGAGAAUGUGUGAUCAAAAAUCCCUCUUAGAUAAUAUGUGUUCGACAUUAUGGUGCCAGGAUUCCAAAGAAGCAAGCACUUGUCGAACAGUUGGAGGACUCCGAGGAAUUGCAGGAACCCGCUGUGGAGACGGAAAGAUGUGUUGGAGAGGAAUGUGCGUCGCUGAAUUCUACAAAUCUACAAAAUCUGUUUGCUCAACACAGAAAACUUGUAACGGUCCUGACAAAAACAAGAAAUAUUGCCAGAAGAUAGUCCGGCUAAAUCCACAUGCUUGUCACAGAGACGCCAUAGCAUCAUACUGUUGUGAGUCAUGUAGUUGCCAGAAGACACAGAAUCGCACAGACAGACGGCGUAAGAGGGACAAGCAGCGUCGCCGGAGGAGAAGGAGACAUAUCAGGCGUUUGAGAAGAAAGGCAUCGAGGCGAAGGAGACGCUUUGCGACAGCCCCAUAAGCUACCAGAUCACACAAACACAUACACACAAUGUAUAUAUACAUACGUAAAAACAGAUAUGCAUACGUGCGUAAAUGUCGAACAAUAAGAGAAGUACUCAAUACCGCAUUGGUGGAUAAAGUUUCUUUAUUUGUGUAAUAAGGCUACCAUUGGUUUC